AAGACCGGCGGUGGUUGUAAAAAAAGAGUAGGACAGUUCAGUGCUCCUCCUCUUCAUACUUGGGCGAUCAACGUGUCUUUCGGCAUCAUCUGUAUCUUAAUGUAUCUUAUUUCCCUGCGCCACUUAAUGCUCAAAUCCCGCAUGUUUUCUUUUUUAUUUUUUAUUUUUCUUUUUCUUUUGGACCCAAAUUGUCGCCCUGUUUUAAUUCUCUUCCGCUUUGCCGGUGCUGCUGCCAUAUCCACCACUACCACACUGCCUCUGCCUUACUUGUGUUGUGUGCCUGGCUUGCUCACUCUGGGCGGCAUUCCUGUCUCUCUUGCUUCAUUCUUAUUAUUAGACUUGGAUACCGCUGUUUUCGUGUCUUCUAUUUUUUUUCUCCUUUUUUAUUUUAAACAACUCUCCCCAGCAACAUUGGACCCAAACAUCUCUUUUCAUCGUGUCUUGCCUCUAUCCACAUCCGCCCACGUGAAUCGCGAAUGUGUUGUCGACCAUAUAACACACAAGUCUCGCAGAUUAUUCAAACCCCGUGACUCAUUUUUUCUUCUUUCUUCUAUUUGAAAGAAUGUUCAUUUUUGUCUGACUGCAUGAUUGAGCUCUGUUUGUUCUGUGUAUAGCUUGCUUUGUUUACUACCAUUUUCUUUGCCCUUCCCAAUUUAGCGGCCCGCAUCAUACCGCGCCCAACCAGAGUUAUAUACGGAACCCGUCACAAGAUUAUUUCGACUUACCGCGGAGUCCGCAUGCGUUGGCGUUGUUAUAUUCGCGCCAUCAUGGAAGCUUACCACAAGUCGCGUCGUGCCUGCCAUAGCUGUUUUCGACCAGGUACCAGCUCCUCAACGAACAGUGAAGCUUCCGCGCGCUCG